AUGAAAGCUUUUGAGUUGAUAGGAGGACUGGUCCUCCUCACCUCUGUGUUUUCAGCGUGUUAUGGACAAAAUCCAAUGACUGUGCUGUGCUCCAUAGACUGGUUCAUGGUCACGGUCCACCCCUUCGUGUUGAACACUGAUGUAUACGUACACUUUCACGAGUUACACUUGGGCCUGGGUUGCCCUGCCAACCAUGUUCAGCCACACACCUACCAGUUCACCUAUCGUGUUACUGAAUGUGGCAUUAGAGCCAAGGCCGUCUCUCAGGACACAGUUAUCUACAGCACCGAGAUGCACUACGCUUCCAAGGGCACGUCGUCUAGAUAUGCGAUCCCAGUGUCGUGUGCUGCCUCCCAACAGUCCCCAUGGCUCACUAUGCCCUGCUCCAUGACAGUAGCCAGCAAGAGAGGAACCACGGCCCAGAAUGAUGAGACUUGCUACGAGGCGUACAGCUUGUCACAGUCCUGCCGAAGGUCCAACUGCGAUUGUCCACCUUGUGUCUUCAAUGAAGAAGGGCAUACUCAGGCCUCAUAUUACUAA